AUGGAGCUCAGACCCACUCUUUCAGAAAAAGGCAGUAAAGUUAUAAAAAACGACACUAGGGGAAUCAGUGGGAGUACACUGGGGAUCAUUGAGAGUAGACUGGGGAUCAUUGGGAGUACACUGGGGAUCAUUGGGAGUUGACUGGGGAUCAGUGGGAGUACACUGGGGAUCAGUGGGAGUACACUUGGGAUCAGUAGGAGUACACUUGGGAUCAUUGGGAGUAAACUGGGGAUCAUUGGGAGUAAACUGGGGAUCAUUGGGAGUACACUGGGGAUCCUUGGAAUUACACUGGGUAUCAUUGGUAGUACACUGGGAUCAUUGGGAUUACACUGGGGAUCAUUGGGAUUACACUGGGUAUCAUUGAUAGUACACUGGGGAUCAUUGGGAUCGAGUACACUGGGGAUCAGUGGGUGUAGACUGGGGAUCAUUGGGAGUACCCUUGGGAUCAUUGGGAGCACACUUGGGAUCAGUGGGAGUAGACUGGGGAUCAGUGGCAGUAAACUAGGAAUCAUUGGGAGUGGACUGGGGAUUAUUGGGAGUACACUGGGGAUCAUUAGGAGUACACUUGGGAUCAUUGGGAGUACACUGGGGAUCAUUGGGAGUACAAUGGGGAUCAGUGGGAGUAGACUGGGGAUCAGUGGGAGUAGACUGGGGAUCAGUGGGAGUACACUGGGGAUCAGUGGGAGUACACUUGGGAUCAAUGGGAGUGCACUGGGGAUCAUUGGGAAUACAAUGGUGAUCAUUUGGAGUACACUGGUGAUCAGUGGGAGUACCCUGGGGAUCAUUGGGAGUACACUGGGGAUCAGUGGGUGUAGACUGGUGAUCAGUGGGCGUACCCUGGGGAUCCUUGGAAUUACACUGGGUAUCAUUGGUAGUACACUGGGGAUCAUUGGGAUUACACUGGGGAUCAGUGGGAGUGGACUGGGGAUCAGUAGGAGUACACUGGGGAUCAGUAGGAGUACACUGGGGAUCAGUGGGAGUAGACUGGGGAUCAGUGGGAGUACCCUGGGGAUCAUUGGGAGUACACUGGGGAUCAUUGGGAGUACCCUGGGGAUCAUUGGGAGUACACUGGGGAUCAGAGGGAGUAGACUGGAGAUCAUCGGGAGUACACUGGGGAUCAGUGGGAGUAGACUGGAGAACAGUGGGAGUACACUGGGGAUCAUUGGGAGUACACUUGGGAUCAUUGGGAGUAGACUGGGGAACAGUGGGAGUAUACUGGAGAUCAGUGGGAGUACACUUUGUAUAAGUGGGAGUACAGUGGGGAUCGGUGUGAAGAGAAAAAACCACACUCUAUCCUCGCUGUGUUGUGUCUUAUAUUUGGGGGAGAGGUUGGAGAGUGGGGGAUCCUUGUUUAAACAUAAUUCUCAAAUUCAAUUGAACAACCUAUGA